AUGGCGGCGCGGUGCUGCACACGCUGGUUGCUGGUGGCCGUGGGGACCCCCCGGCUGCCGGCCGCAGCGGGGAAAGGGGCCCGGCCGCCCAGGGCGGGCGUGGUGGGGGCAUCGCUGGGCCGCAAGUUGAGUGUCACCGCCUUCACGCCUUCCCUGGGAGCUCGCGGCCCGGGGGCGCUGCUGACAUUGAGGCCCGGUGUCAGCCUCACAGGAGUAAAAAGUUACCCUUUUAUUUGUACUGCCUCCUUCCACACGAGUGCACCUGUGGCCAAAGAAGAUUAUUACCAGAUAUUGGGAGUGCCCCGAAACGCCAGCCAGAAAGACAUCAAGAAAGCCUAUUACCAGCUUGCGAAGAAAUACCACCCAGACACGAAUAAGGACGACCCCAAGGCCAAGGAGAAGUUCUCCCAGCUGGCAGAAGCCUAUGAGGUACUCAGUGACGAGGUGAAGAGGAAGCAGUAUGAUGCCUACGGCUCGGCCGGCUUCGACCCUGGGGCUGGCAGCUCGGGGCAAACCUAUUGGCGGGGGGGCCCCACCGUCGACCCCGAGGAGCUCUUCAGGAAGAUCUUCGGGGAGUUCUCCUCGUCCCCAUUUGGAGAUUUCCAGAGUGUGUUCAAUCAGCCUCAGGAGUACAUCAUGGAGUUGACCUUCAAUCAAGCUGCCAAGGGCGUCAACAAAGAGUUCACGGUGAACAUCACCGACACCUGCGAGCGGUGUGACGGCAAGGGCAACGAGCCGGGCACCAAGGUGCAGCAGUGCCACUACUGCGGGGGCUCCGGCAUGGAAACCAUAAACACAGGCCCGUUUGUGAUGCGCUCCACGUGUCGGAGGUGUGGGGGCCGAGGCUCCAUCAUCACGUCUCCCUGCGUGGUGUGCCGCGGGGCCGGCCAGGCCAAGCAGAAGAAGAGAGUGAUGAUCCCUGUGCCGGCUGGCGUCGAGGAUGGUCAGACAGUGAGGAUGCCCGUAGGAAAAAAAGAAAUCUUCAUCACCUUCAGGGUGCAGAAGAGCCCGGUGUUCCGGAGGGACGGUGCAGACAUCCACUCCGACCUCUUUAUUUCUAUAGCUCAGGCCAUCCUGGGGGGCACGGCCCGAGCCCAGGGCCUGUACGAGACCAUCAACGUGACGAUCCCCCCUGGGACUCAGUCUGACCAGAAGAUACGGAUGAGCGGGAAAGGCAUCCCGCGGAUCAACAGCUAUGGUUACGGCGACCACUACAUUCACAUCAAGAUCCGAGUUCCGAAGAGACUGACGAGCCGGCAGCAGAGCCUGAUCCUGAGCUACGCCGAGGAUGAGACUGACGUGGAAGGGACGGUGAAUGGUGUCACCAGCACGAGCACUGGAAAACGGUCCACUGGGAACUAGUCCGGAGCAGCGGCCCCUCCUCAUGCCUGGGCACCUAGAGACAGGAGGAACCAGAUGAGUAGCACCACACAGGCCUGCAGGCCCUCCGCCCCGCCCUGGACAGCAGUCACGUGACUGCACCUCCCCAAGGAGAGGCCAGCCCUUGGGCAGUGAGAUGCGGAGGUCGGGGGCUCUGAGACGUUCCUUCCGGGUAGGUAGCUUGACCUCUUCUGGCUCAGGCAGUGUAAGGCCGCUGGAUUCUUGCAGAGCUGACACACUCAUUUGAAACUGAAUGUGCUGGAGAUCUUAGUUAAAGAAUUAAAGGCCAUGCUCACAGCUUAAAAAUGCUGCCUCAAGCUGUUCCAGGCGUGAAGUGAUUCCUUUCCCUGUCAGUCCUUGGGGGGCUCCGGACAAGUCUUUCAGACAAGCGGUCUUUGGGAGACCGGCGCUGCGGCCCCGCCAGCACUGUCUACCCCUCGGCAGGAACUUCACCUGCUCCUCUUGGAGUCUGUUUUAAUCCCCAAAGAUACCAAGCAGCUGGAACGGGGUGCCUUGGGGCCCCCGGGGGCACAGAUGCAGACCUUGGAGGUGCCUCUGAGACCCCAUGAUCUUUGUCUGGACAGCAGGUCUCCCUCUCCCCCCACGCCGGGUGGCCUGUGAGCCCUGCUGCUGAGAUCUGGUGGCCCCUCCUGGGCCACGGCGUCCGUGGCGCCGCCUGGAGCGGGCUGCCUCCCACAUCGCCAGGUCCCCACUCCCGCUGCCGGCGUCUGUCCUCAGUGUAUUUAUUCCAUGCUAAGAAUCAUGGUCUUUUCCCGCGGGGUGCCUGGAAGAGGAAGCAGCAUCUGGGGUGGCGCAGGCUCUCGCUGUGCAGCCAGGGCAGAGCCUGUCCUGGCCCCGCGUGCUGAGGCAGGUCGAUGAAGACAACUGUUGAAUAGUUUCCUUUUGUUUCCUUCACCAUUUACUAAAAUAAAGCAUCGGCUAGUGUUUGAGUUAAGAAUGUAAAAUGAUUCUGUAUCAAUGUAAAUAAGAUUAUCUACUGCAAGAAGAUAUUUAAAUCUUAAACUG